AUGGUCGAUGAGGACGUGAUGCCUCCGAGAGGAAGUCAGUUUAGAAGAAAAAGCAAAGGAGAUGAUGGUGGUGGCGGCUUUCAUGUCGGUGGGAAAAAUGAUGGAAAGAAAUUUUCAAACAACAACAACAAAGAGACGUACGACCGAAACGGCAGAAAGCAAAAGAAGAAACACAAAGGAGGGAAGAACACGUCGUUAUCUUUAGAGGCGUUCGCCAGAGCUGGGAAAUCUACGUACGAUAAGAGAGAGGUUUUAAAAAAACGAAGAGCGGAGAUGGCGGCAAAAAUAAACAAGUUUCGUAAGGUGGUAAAAAAAGCGGGAGAGUUUGUGGCGCCGACGAAAGGUUUCGAUCCGGAAGAGUACGCCAGGAAAUUGACGAAAAUGGAAGAUCCCGUCGGAGAUAAAGCGUUCGUGGAGAGAGAGGAGAUGGAGGAGUACGUUGGGAAGAAAGUUUUACGAGGAGGAUAUGACGACGACGACGACGACGACGACGACAGAAAAAAAGUACCAGAAGAGAGCGAAGAAGAAAAAGAGGACGACGACGCGCCUCCGGAAGAACGCCAAGGCGUUUCCGAGAAAGGUAAGCACAACAAAAAGAAAGAACGACCGCGAACGGCGCACGAGUGGAAAAUGCUCAAAGCGCAGCCGGAACGAGACCGCAUUCGAAAGGAAAGAGAGGAAAGGGAGAAAAAAUUCCAAGAGGCGCAAAAAAUACGAGACUCGAAGCGAAAAGAGCGAGGGAAGUUGAGGCACUCCAUGAUGAAGGUGAAUAAAAAAGGUCAGCCUCUGAUGAGGAACAGAAUCGAUGCCAUCUUAGCCAAGUUAGAGAAGAAUUAG